UUUUUGUGUGUGCAAAUCAACAAAUCUUGUUUGCAAUCAAUGGCCCACAUUUGUGAGAGUAUUUUGUAAUAUAGUAUCUCAUAGAAAAUGUUGAUUCUGAAAGGAAACUAAAGGUUUUCUGACAAAUGUAGUGGGGUGUACUCAUUUAUGCUGAGCACUGUAUAUAUAUGGUGGUGCAGUGGUUAACACUGUUGCCUCACACCUCUGGGACCCAGGUUCGAGUCUCUGCCUGGAUUACAUGUGUGUGGAGUUUGCAUGUUCUCCCCGUGUCCUCGUGGGGUUUCCUCCGGGUACUCCGGUGUACCCCCACAAUCAAAAACAUGCUGAGGCUAAUUGGAGUUACUAAAUUGCCCAUAGGUGUGCAUGUGAGAGUGAAUGGUAUGUGAGUGUGACCUGUGAUGGGCUGGCCCCCCAUCCUAGGUUGUUCCCUGCCUCGUGCCCAUUUUAUUGACAUAAAAGUCUGUUCCUCUAAUUAUAGAAUAAUAUAUAGAAUAAUUAUACAAGAGCUAUAAUUAUUAUGAUGUUAUUAUUUAAUUGUGUGGGCCGUGUUGCUUGAUUACAUUUGACUCUUCGGCACGUGGGACGCUGCCGGUUUGAAAGACGCAGCUUCACUUGUUUUCUGCACCAAGAUGACGAGAAACAAACGAAUUGCAAAAGCUGUCAGCUGGAGCAACGAUCGAUACUGGGCAACUUGGGACAAGUGGAUGGAAGUGAUUGACUGGGAAGAUGAGGAAGAGCUGUGCUCCCCAGCAGAAUCACCCUCUGACCAGGCUGACCGUUCCAUCGUGUCACACACCCGAAAGCCAAUUGCCAAGGCAGUUAGCUGGACGGAUGAUGUGUAUUGGGCAGCCUGGGACAAGUGGGAUGAGAUCAUCUGCUGGGGUGAAGAAGGAGAGUGCUCCCCAGCAACUCCACCCAUCAACCAGCCUGGGAGGGAUAAGGGGUUAGACAUGCAUGGGUUAGAGGUUUUUCUGUUAAAUGAAAGGACAGUCUCCAUAAAGCCUGCAGAUGACCACCAAGACAGGCUGAAAAUAGGAGCCGUAGUGGUCGACCUCUGCCAGUUUGAGCUAGAUGGUGUAAAUGAUAAAUUUGAAAUUGUCGAAAUACAAAUUGGAGAGGUCAAAUUGGAGGAGACUGCAGAGAGGGGUUUUAAUUCAGAAUUUGAAUUGGAAAUUUUGGAUGUGGAGAUAGAGGUUGUAGACAGUGAAUUCCAGCUGAAUGCUCUUAAUUGGGAAAUUGCUGGAACUAAAGUGGACAAAUUAUUAGUGGAACACCUGAACAUAAAUAAUCUAGAAGCAGGCAGUGUGAAGGUGUCCACAUCAAAUGGGAAUGUGGUAUAUGUCAAUGGUAUGUGAGUGUGUUUGGUAAUGAUGGGUGUGAAUGGUGUGUGUAAGUGGUGUGUGUGUGUGUGUGUGUGUAUGAGAAUGGUGAUUGAAUGGUGUGUGUGAGGUAAUGGCGUGUGAGUGAAUGGUGUGUGUGAGUGACAGGUG